AUUUUUUUCUUUAUAUUUUACAUUUUAUUUAUUUUUUUAUAUGUGGUAAUUCCCUGCUUUAAAUUUUACCUACAUCGGUACUUAAUGCGCCCCCCCCAAGACGGUUUUUUACUUUUUGUACAAAAUGAUAAAACUUUUUUUAGAAAAUUAGUAAAAUAGGAAUUAUCAUAUAUUUUCCCUUAUGCAUCAUUCACGCAGUCGGCUUAGUCCUAACUUAUCAUAAAGAGCAUGCCCGUGUCUUUAAUCCGUAUAGAUGUAUAUAAUAAAAUAUUAUGAUAUUUUUACCUCAUUUCACCUUUUUCAUACAAUAUUUAUUUACAGGCUUUUUUGUUGUUUUUCAGCUUCGAUGGCUGGAACUUCUUUAGUGGGGACUGGAACUUCUUUGGAAUUAACUGGAAUUAACUGGAACUUCUUUAGUGGGGAAAAUAUAAUAAAGAAGAAAAUAUAA